GGCCGAGAGAGAUGAAAGAGGAGCCGUUCUCUUUUUAAACUUGACACCUUGAUGGCAAUCGAACAUCCCGAUGCUUGUAAUAUUUUUAUUUCUGUAUGUAGGGUCUCUCGCCUCUCAGGGUCGUAGCGCACGGGGUGAAACCAUCUCAUGUCUCUGGCGCUGGCCAUCACGCACCCACGAAACACGGGGACUGCGAGGUCGUAGCGAGCUGGAAUCCGACAAGAGCCCCAGACAGAAAGGCAGGAUGGACCAAGGCAGGCCGAGACAAGAGGAAACCCAAGCCAGAGAGCGCAGAUGAAGCCAGACAGUGCAAGAUGCGACCGAGACAUAUGAUGUAAGCGGGCAGCAACUAAGCACAGUAAUAAGUAGCUCCAGGGGGAUAACUUAGUU